AAAACCAAGAUCGUACAGGUAGACAACACAAUAGCAUCAACAACUAGCUACUAAGAAUGGUGGAAGUGGAAGAAAUCGUGGAAGAGGAGGAAGUGCUUUCUCCCUCGCAAGAGCGUCUGUUGGAUGCCGAGGAGAUUGAAAAGGCGGCGUCGACUUUGACCCGUCCCACGGCACGAAUGCAGUUGGAGAGUGUGGCAAAAAAGCUGCGCAAGGAAGGAGAAGCACUCAAGCGAGUGGAAGCCAGUCGUGCGGCUGCUCCGCCCAAGGAAGAAAAGAAGACUCUCCCAGCAGCAGAAGAGACCAAGCCAGCAGCACCUCCGAAAACUACUAUUCCAGCAAGUCCUCCCGUGGUCAUCAUCAAUAACAACGCACACUUUGUGCCCAUUGACAAAUUCUCCUUUGAUGAUGGUGGCUACAGCGGCGCCUGGGUGACUUUGUACAUUGAUCUUCCAGGCGUUGGAUCGACGGUCGACAAGGAAAACAUUACCUGCCAAUUCACACCCAAUUCCUUUGAUCUUAUUGUCAAGGGAUACAAGGGAAAAUCCUACCGUCUCUACAAGGACAAUCUCGAAAAUGAAAUUGACGACUUCAAGAGUAAGCGAGUCGUCAAAGCCGACAAAAUUCUGGUCAAACUCGCCAAGAAAAAGACCGAUUAUGGAUCCUUUGAACAUUGGUCCAGUUUGACGGCCAAGCGAAAGAAACCCGGUAGCAAGGAAAAGGAUCCAUCCGCGGGAAUCAUGGGUCUCAUGAAGGAAAUGUACGAUUCCGGCGACGACAAGAUGAAAAAGGUCAUUGGAGAAACCAUGAUGAAGCAACGAGAGGGAAAGUUGGGGGAUGGCAUGGGAGGAAUGGGUGGUGGUCUAGGCGAUAUGGAUAUUUAGGUGGAUUGGAUUAUCUAAUCUAAUAGGAAUGAAUGGAGAAAACGCAAAACUACAAUCAACAAAAAAGAGACGGAAGCAAGCAAGCAAAUACGGCAUCACGAGGAUGUUUACGUCGUUGUCGCUUCGUGAAACACAUGCCUGAACCGAGCUUGUAGUGUUUUAGGACAGUCGAGAAAGUCUAGGUCUUGAGGAGGACAGUCACAUCUAGCUAUCUUAGAGCAAUAAACACAUAAUGAGCCUCUAGCCAAAAGUUUAGCUACAGG